AGAAGAUGUCGGGUCAGACACUGACGGACCGCAUCGCCGCAGCGCAGUACAGCCUGACCGGAUCAGAAGUGGCCCGGGCUGUGUGCAAGGCCUCCACCCACGAGGUGAUGGCGCCCAAAAAGAAGCACCUGGACUAUCUGAUCCAGGCUACUCAGGAGUCCAACGUGAACAUUCCUCAGAUGGCUGAUACGCUGUUCGAGAGGGCAGGUAACGCCAGCUGGGUCGUCGUCUUCAAAGCUCUGGUCACCACACACCAUCUCAUGGUCCACGGUAACGAGAGAUUUAUUCAGUUUCUGGCCUCCAGAAACACUCUGUUUAACCUCAGCAACUUCCUGGAUAAGACUGGAUCACAUGGUUACGACAUGUCGACGUUUAUCCGCCGUUACAGCAGAUAUCUGAACGAGAAAGCCUUCUCCUACAGACAAAUGGCUUUUGAUUUCGGACGAGUCAAAAAAGGAAAUGAUGGUGUGAUGAGAACGAUGGCGACAGAUAAAUUACUGAAAGGAAUGUCCACACUGCAGAGUCAGAUCGACGCCCUGCUUGAGUUUGAGGUGCACCCUAAAGACCUGGUGAACGGUGUGAUUAAUGCAGCAUUUUUAAUGCUCUUCAAGGAUCUGAUUAAAUUAUACACCUGUUAUAACGAUGGAAUUAUUAAUUUACUAGAGAAGUUUUUCAGUAUGAAGAGAGGACAGUGCAAAGACGCUCUGGAAAUCUACAAAAGAUUUCUGACACGAAUGACCAGAGUCUCAGAGUUUCUCAAAAUAGCCGAGCAAGUUGGAAUCGACAAGAACGACAUUCCUGAACUCACUCAGGCCCCUGAGAGUCUACUGGAGUCUCUGGAGACGCAUCUGAACACCCUGGAUGGUAAAAGAGGAUCGCCGACUAAGAAAAGUUCUACAGCCAGUAAUGGAACUCCUACAGUGACUCCAGUAAAGACAGUAGAAGAAGUUUUAGCUCCAGAACCAGAACCCCCAGCAGGAGCAGCAGCAGCAGAACCGCCCAGUACAACCACACCAGCCACAGUCACAGUAAAGAGUGGAUUCAGUGAUCUGGUGGAUUUUGAUCUGUUGGCCCCGAGUGCUGGUGCUGCAGCCGCUCCGACGUCUGCGUGGGGUGAUCUGCUGGGUGAAGUUCCCGCUGCUAGCUCUUCUGAAGCGUUGCUCUCCAAGUCUGAAUCUGUCGCUCCCGUCGAAGCUACUGAAACGGACGAUGCUGCGGCGGCCGAACCUGCGGCUAUUGUUAUUGCUUCUGCGACUUCUGCUGCUGGCGCUAAUGCUAAUGCUGGCGCUAGCGCUGUUGCUCCUGCCACGACCUCCUCGUUCUCAGACAUGGACCUGUUUGGAGAUGCAUUCGGCCCGAGUGAUGGAUCCGAGGGUGGAGCUCCAGCUGCAGCUGCUGAUGUUUUUACAGGAUCUGACCCCUGGGCCCCCUCUGAGGGGAGCGUGGAGGUGGCCCUGGAGCUCGACCUUUUUGCCAUGAAGCCUGCAGAGGGCGACAGCGAGAGCCCCGCGAACGGAGAGCCGAGCGUCACGCCCACCGCCGCCCCCGAAAGCACCCCAGAAACCUCCCCACCUGCCCCCUCCGCCCCCGCCGCACAGUCAGCGCCGCCUCCGACACUAGACCUGUUCGGAGACGUGUUUGAUUCUGUACCUGAUCAAAACUCCUCCACGGAGUCCAAAGCUGCAGUUACUCCUACUAACCUAGAUCUGUUCGGUGCAGAUCUUCCUGCUGUAUCCCGGGGCCCUUCGCCCCUACCUGAGUCCACCGGAACAGCCGAUCUUCUUUCCGAUUCCUUUAUGGAUCCGGCUCCAACAGUUCCUGUUGCCCCAGAAUCUCCUCCCAAACCUGAAGCUCCUGUACUGGAUCUAUUGGAUACGUUUGGAGAACCUGCUGUGGAAUCGAACUCUUCUGUGUCGAACACCGCUGAAGAUCUGCUGGGAGGUUUAAUUUCACCGGUGGCUCCUGCUGCUGCCCCGAUUCCCCCAGUAACCCCAGCGCCUGUAGCCCAGGCCGACCUGCUGGAUACAGGGUUUGAUGCUUUAGGCCUGACCCCUGCAGCGACUGACUCAGCACUGGCACCGGCUUCCACAGCGCCUUCUGGAGGAUUCAACCCAGCAGUGUUUGAUGGAUUAGGGGACCUCCUCAUGCCAUCCAUAACCCCCCAAAGUACAGGUGGCAGCACCCCCAUCGCCCCUGCAGCAUCUCCUAUGAUCGCACCAGUGGUGUCUCCAGCAAUGGCCCCACUGGUGGCCCCGGCAGUCACACCCACUACACCUGCCAUGGUGCCAACCGCAGCUCCACCCACUAAAGCCCUCAGUGUAGAUUUGGAUGAAUCACUGGCAAACCUGGUUGGAAAUCUGGGGAUGGGCCAGAAAAAGGAUGGUGAAAAGAAGCUGACCGGUGGAGUAAACUGGACCCCUCAUGUUGCCCCUACCAGCUGGAGUGCACCACCCAUGCCUGGUGCUACAGCUGGAGCGCCCCCUGCUGGUACAAUGCCACCACCCAUGAGUGCACAGCCUGCCUUUGGCAUGCCCCCCACUGUAGGGGCAGGAGCUCCCAUGAUGCCUCAGCAGAUGAUGAUGGGCCAGCCCAUGAUGAGACCACCAUUCGCCGGAGCUGCUGCACCACUUUCUCCAGGUCCGGCAGUUCAGAACCCUAAAAAACCCCCAACUAAAGAUCCACUCGCUGAUCUAGACAUUAAAGAUUUCUUAUAAACGUUGAGUGCUUACAGGCUGGGCUCCGGCGAGAGAGACGAGGUGCCGAUUGUUUACACCCAAACUCACCUGAAGAUCCUGCAGCUAGCUCCACCCCUCGUUUAUUAACCACGCCUGUACACCUGAUACGUUUGCCCCGCCCCUUUUACCUGCACCAUGUAAUGUUGUAGCACAAACUGUGAAAAGUAGAAAAACCCUGGAAACAUGACGAACAGACGAGUGUGAUCAUCUCCAUGUCAUCUUCAAACUGUGUGUGUGUGUGUGUGUGUGUGUGUGUGGAUGGAUGAUCUCCUGUUGGGCCAAACUUCCUGUUUUCUGUGCGUUUUGGAGCCGUGUGUGACGUGUAAUUGGAAAAUUUUUGCUCUUCUGUGUAUCUGUGGAUGACGUGAAUCUGACGUGAAUCUGGUGUUCACCUUCCGUUAAUGGUUAUAAACAGAUUUCUUUAUGAAUAUGACUUAAUGAUAUACAUAUGCAGUAAAUACGUAUCAUAUCCAGACUUUUCAAAAUUCUGUACGAACCCUCUUACAUGUCGGCCUACAUGUCGGUUUUUGGAUCGUUGUCGUGUUUUAAGCCCCAAAAUCUUGAAAGCUGAUUUAUUUGCUUUGUAGAGGAUUAAAUAGAAUUUAUUUCACCCCAUACUGGUGGUAGAUACGGUGUGUGAGAGUUUGUGUGUGAGUUUUUGGGAAAGGUUGAACACUAUUACGGUUAUGUAAUGUAGAAAGAAUGGAAAAUAAAAACCGUAGUAAACGUUCCUGUAGAAACUAUCAUCUCCAGUUAUCCGCUGGUUGAUUUUUCUCUGUAAAAGUGGUAAAAAUAUCCAUGUCAAUUUACAGAUUUUUUUGAGAUGAGUUUAUUUAUAUCUAUUUAUUUUUUAUUAAUUUAUUGAAAUAUUUAUGGUCCCACCCAAUGCAUGUAAAACCUUUUCCUUUUAGGAUGCAAUAAAUUAAAUCCAAGAUCA